GGGAUUUGACGUAAAGGGCGAGGGCACAAGUUAAUAUUGUGAUUCCUGCCAGAAAGUAGCCCCGGAUUGCGCAUUACUGCAAAAAAGUAAAACAAAGUAUUUUCUUGUGACAAUUAAUAAUUAACAAUUAUUGUGAAAAGUGGUAAAAUUGUUUGUAAACAAAAUUGUGCACAAUAUUUUAUAAUGCGAAUUUAAACCUAUAAAAAUAAAAACAACGGUAUGACCCAAUCUACCACUAGUCCUUUUAUGUCAGAAGCAGAUAUGCCAGAAGCUGAAAGUAGUAGUGUUAUGGAAAAUGCUAAAUUAAAAAAGUAUUCUUCUGGGUCAUUGGGAGGUGAUGUGGCUAGACCUAAAGUGGUAACAGUGAAACAUCCAGAAUCAAACAAACUUAAACCCACAGCCAAAAAGAAUAAACCAAUACAAGCCAAUCUAGAUGUAUCCAAGGAGUUUAUUAGAUGUAGGGAAGAAGGACUUAAGAGAUUAGACCUAAGCAAGUCCAAUAUUACACAGCUACCAUCUACAGUCAGGGAUUUAACACACCUUUCAGAACUGUAUCUAUAUGGAAAUAAAUUAGCCUCACUGCCAUCUGAAAUAGGUUGUCUUACAAGCUUACAAACUCUGGCAUUGAAUGAAAAUUCACUUACAAGUUUACCUGACUCUUUAGAAAAUUUGAAGUCAAUCAAAGUGUUGGACCUUCGGCAUAAUAAACUAAAUGAUAUACCAGAUGUGGUGUACAAAUUAACAUCCCUAACUACAUUAUUUUUAAGGUUUAAUAGAAUUAAAUAUGUGGGAGAAGAAAUAAGAUAUUUAGUUUCACUAACUAUGCUCAGUCUAAGGGAAAAUAAAAUUAAAGAUUUACCAGCAGGAAUAGGGCAUCUGAUUAACCUUUUGACUUUUGAUGUUUCCCACAAUCAUUUAGAAUCUCUACCUAAAGAAAUUGGUAACUGCACUAACCUUUCCACAUUGGACUUGCAACAUAAUGAACUUUUAGACUUACCAGAUUCCAUUGGGCAAUUGCAACAAUUAACUAGAUUGGGCUUGAGAUAUAAUAGGCUAUCAACUAUUCCUGCUACAUUAAGUAAUUGUAAGCAUAUGGAUGACUUUAAUGUUGAAGGAAAUACUAUAUCACAAUUGCCUGAAGGUUUACUAUCUAGUUUAUGUGAAUUAACUAGCAUAACCCUUUCUAGAAAUAAUUUCUUGGCUUACCCUUCUGGAGGUCCUUCCCAAUUUACUAAUGUUGACUCUAUUAAUUUGGAACAUAAUCAAAUAGACAAAAUUCCUUAUGGAAUAUUUUCCAGAGCAAAGCAUCUAACAAAAUUAAAUAUGAAAGAAAACCAACUUACUUCCCUUCCUUUAGAUGUUGCUACGUGGACCAACAUGGUAGAACUGAACCUAGGAACCAACCAGCUUAGCAAGUUACCUGAUGAUCUAGCCUCUUUGCAAACCUUGGAGGUUUUAGUACUAUCAAAUAAUCUUCUAAAGAGAGUACCACCCAGUAUUGGUAAUCUAAGAAAACUAAGAGUGUUGGAUUUUGAAGAAAACCGUCUAGAGCAGCUUCCCAAUGAAAUAGGCCAUCUAAAAGAACUUCAACGCCUUAUAGUUCAAUCAAAUCAACUCACAUCUCUUCCCAGAGCAAUUGGACAUCUUUCCAACCUAGUUUUUCUAAGUGUGGGAGAAAACAACUUAACUUAUUUACCAGAAGAAAUUGGCACUUUAGGUAAUUUGGAGUCACUUUACCUUAAUGAUAACCCAACCCUACAUAAUUUACCAUUUGAGCUGGCGUUAUGCUGUAACUUACAAAUUAUGAGUAUUGAAAAUUGUCCUCUCUCCCAAAUACCCUCUGAAAUUGUAGUAGGGGGACCUUCUCUUGUUAUACAAUAUUUAAAGAUGCAAGGACCUUAUCGUGCCAUGUGAUUUUCUCAGUAUUUUUUUAACCAUUUUCCACAACAGUAAUUUUAAUAAGCAAGUUAUUAAUAUUAAGGUGUGCCAUAUGGGUUUGCUGAUUCCAAUAAGAAUAGUAUAUAAAGGUCAAUUUAGUCAAUUUAUUUUAAUCCAAAAAUUAUUUUUUUAUUUACAAAUAUAGAUUUGGUUUAAAUUUAAAAAUAAGAAAACCUAUGUAACUAUGAUUGAGCCUAAGUCCAAACCUCUUUUAUAAUAUAA